CUCUAUCUCUGGAAAAAACUGUCGUCUGUCGGCUAAAGUUCACUUGACAUUAUGCAAGACCAAACGCUUCCUAUUCACAGCCAGCAAAAGCAACCGUGUUUUGGGUACACCCUAUUGUCCGUUAUGCACUUGGUGUGUGGGCAGAAUAUUCGCCUGCCACCGAAACAUCUCAAAAUAAGCACCUUUUGGAGGGUCGUCCACUUCCUCUACUCAUCGAUCAUCAAUCUUGCGGUGAUAUUUUGCGUAGGGACAACGAUUUUGACAUUUCUCAAGUACCGUGAAAAUUUUGGCCACGCGCUCUUCAUCGCGUCUAGCUUUUUCGGGGUGCUCGAGUGCUUCAUCCGCAUCACUUACACCACAAUAUGCGGAAAGAAGAUUGAAAAUGUCGCUGCCAGGGUGUAUGAGACGCUUGAAUUCACCGAAGUAGACGCAAAAAGGCAGAAAACAUUUAUUGUGAAGAUGUCAAGAAUUAUUACGAUACUCGUGACUGUUUUGUUCUCCGCGUUCAUCGUUUCCAUCAGUGCAAAUUACUUCUCUACUUUUGGCCAACUGGAGGAUAUUUUCGGCAAUGUGAAUGGAACCGAGGAGGAAAUCAACCAGCAGAUGAUGUCCAAACAAGUGCCUCUCGAGGUGGUUGAGGCAUGGACCUACGUUUGUGCCUUUUUCCAGCUCUGGCCGUCCACCGGCAUGCUGAAAGUGUACGCUGCUUUUCUGCACGUCAUAAAUUUUUUGGGCAUCGGUCGGAUUAUUGUGUCCGAUAUUUUAUUUUACUCCUGGUACGCCAUCAUCAUCAAUCGGUACCACAUGCUAGCCAAAAGUGCGCCGGCCGUGUUGAACAAACAAGAGAACGAUAAAAGACUGGUUGAUUGGAUCCAAUUUCAUCAUACAAUUAACGAAUUGCUUCAAGAAGUGAAUGAAUUGUCAUCGCCUGGUAUUGUAGCGGCUGUGGUUUGCACUAGCUUGCAAAUUUGCAUUCUUUCCUACGUGGUGAUAAAGAUGCAUGACAAGGCAAUUAUCUGGUCAUUCCUGAUGUUUGGAAUUGGUUCGAUUUAUCAAGUAUUUGUGUACUGCCUGCUUGGCCAGUGGAUCAAAGAUAAAGUCAUGGAACUGCAUUCUGAGGUAUACAGAGGACCUUGGAUAGAGAACGAAUUCACAAAGCAACACGCGGCUGUGAUUAUUUGCUCUGCAGCAAGUGAAAAAAUCGGCCAGUGCCUUCCAGGCGCACCCUUCUUCUCCAUGUCACUUCAAUUUUUUGCUUCGAUGACCAGUGUUGUUUUUACGUACAUCAUGGUGUUGAUACAGCUAAAUUAAAAGGCAAAAGAUCAUUGUCGGGAUCUUUUUUUUUUAUCAAAAACCAGAAUGUCAGUCAAUCCUUUGCAAAAAUUGUGACGGAUGAUUCCCUCAUUUGAGAAACAUAAAUUUAA